GGAGGCGGGAGAUGAAAUUGAGUUUCGGUGCCAAGAAGCCGGGGUACCGGCCGAUCGGGAGCGAGACGGAUGUGGUCCUGAACUGAUAAGCGCCGCCGGCGCUUGUGGGACUUUUGCUCGCUCGUUCAUUCUUCACGCCCACUGCGCACAACUUCGUUGUAAGAUUCCCUCAGCGUGGUCUGCAGCUGCAGUUGCUCAUGUCCCUCACUUGAGCUCCGCACGGAUAUGACUCCGGUUCCGCGUCAACAUUCGACCGUCGCGUGCCAGCCGUUCAGCCACGUACAUAUGGCCACAGGCGUACAUGUCGCGAUCCGGACGCAGCGUAUCGCAAGCAGACGCUGCCGAAACCAAGCGUAUCUCACAGUCAGAUAGCCGACUGGGGUGCGGCGAUCGCCACGAAAAAAUCCUUGCCAAACUCGUUGCGAACAGUAAGUGGCCACCGACCAGACGCCCAGACUUCCCCAUUCUAAGCGCCUUUAGCCGACCGUUCUUCCAGCGAGGCAGCAGUACCACGAUAACAAGCUGUACUCCACUACAAGCUGUUCAUGUGAAGGUGGCACAUACGGUGCCGCUGUCGGGAGAUCUCGCUCGGUCAUUGAAUUGUCCAUGGAGUUAUCGGCCUGCAACCCGCAUCUGCGGACGAUCACGGACCCGUAUCUUUCCAAGCGAUGUUGCCAGUCGCAGUUACUGGAAUGCGGCCAGGGAAGCCAACAUACGCCGCGUGCGAUGCUUGAUCAUGCACAGCGAAGUCAUCCCGCACUCGACCAAAGAUAGCUUCCAUGGAGCUCGAGGUACUGUGCCGCUUCGGCAUGCAAGACAGUUGUGCUAUUUAUCGCACCACCGUGCCUGAACUUCGCACUAUUUUUCCAACUGAAUAUCAUUCUGCUGCCUGGUAACCCGACCUUGGUCAGCUUGCCUCGGUAUCCGGCGGCAAACGUCAAGCGAACCCUUGCGCACACAGCUAACAAUAGCGCUGAUAACUCCGGGGCAAGACAUCAUGAGCCUCUCGACGACGCAGCACCCUCUACAUCCCGUUACUCAUAUCUCGGUCUGAGGAACUACUGUAGGAUGGGGCACGGCAGUCACGGUAAUAGGC